AUGAACAAUUAAAUUAUUUAUAUAGCAGGAGGUAUAUUAUUAUUAAAUGGUGUAUUGAAGAAAUAUGCAAAGGACUACAUUAAAGAUUUUUUCAAGGGAAGAGCAGAAGAUUAGGAUCAACAAAUGGAUUUGUUAAUUGAUUUAUUAAUUACCUGCUUCGUUACUAUUUUGAGUUGCUCUUAUUAUAUUCUAACCUAAUCAAAUAAAGAUACCCCAUAAUAGCAAUAAUAACCAAAGAUUGAUGAACCUAAGAUUCUUGAAAGCAUAAUGAAAAAAAGAAGAUCUAUCACUCCUAAAGAUUACAAUGAUUAACUGAUUGAUGAUUAAGAUAUUCACCAUAUUUUAGAAUGUGCAAAUACUGCUCCUACUCAUGGUAAAAAUGAGCCUUGGAGAUUUGUUGUUUACAAGAGAGAAACCCUUAAUCAAUUUUUCACUUUUGUUAAGGAUUGGUAUAAAUAAAAUGGUUAAAAGAUUUUUAGUAACGAUGAAGAAAGAGAAAAAACACUUAAAUAAAUUGAAAAUAAAUUCUCAGAAAUUUCAAAAGCUUCUCAUAUUAUUUUACUCUGCAUGAAAAGAUAUGCAAGUGAAAAAAAUGUUAUGCCAGAAUGGGAAGAAAUAGCAGCAGUUGCAACAUCUGUAUAAAAUAUCUACCUAUAAACUGCAGCAAAAGGAUUUGGUGGUUAUUGGUCAAGUAUGACAUUUGCUAGACACGCUAGAGAUAGCAAAGAAAUGCGUUAAUUCUUAAACUUAAAUCAUGAUGAAGACAGAGUUUUUGGCAGCUUUGUUAUUGGUAAAGUAGAUGAUUUAUCAAAGUUCACAAGAAUUCCUGGUGAUUACAAAAAGAAGGUUGAAUUUAGAUGA